AUGCCCCCGACCGGAAUCAAACCCGGGACCCCUGAGUCCGCAGGUCGACGCUCCAUCCACUGAGCCAAACCGGCUAUGGCAACCCUCUUGAUUUUUAUCCACCACAUGGUGUGCGACCAGCCUGUUCAACAUUUCUGUCCCUCCUACCAGUCUCCAUGUAGCUUCUGUUAAUCCCUAGUUGUAGGACUUCUGUUCAACUAGAUUUCUGGCAGCUCUGCAUGAUGGUGGUUCUGUCGUUUAGCUGUAAUUUUGAUGUGGUGUUGGGAGGAUUCACAUAUCCUUACCUAUGCUGCCAUCUUGACUGGAGGUCAGUCUUGGCAGCUGUUGGCAUGUGAGUAGUGAACCUUAGCUUAGCCCAUUCUUUCCUUUUCUUUCGUUACUCUAUACAGAUGACGCUUGAACAAAACAGGUUUGAAGUGAAUGGCCCACUUAUAUGCAGUUGUGUGGUGUGUUUUUUUCCAGUAAAUACAUACAGUAUUAUCAAUGUACUUUCUCUUCCUUAUGAUUUUUUAAUAACUUUCUUUUCUCAGGCUUACUUUAUUAUAAGAAUACUGUAUAUAAUACAUAUAACAUACAACAUAUGUGUUGAUUGUUAUUGGUAAGGCGUCUGGUCAACAGUAAACUAUCCGUAGUUAAUUUGGGGGGAAGUCAAAGUUAUAUGUGGAUUUUUGACUGGAGCCAGUGGGGUGGGGGUCAGCCCCCUCACCCCUGGGUGGUUCACAUGUCAACUGUAUUUCUAUUUCAUCAAAUCUGUUUGUCAUCAUUGAGGAAAAUGUUCCCCUCGGUAGUUGCCUUUGCAUCCAGUGCAGCCUUGGUUCUCCCUGACUCCCAUGACAAGGUCGUUGAAGGAUGAGGAAGAAAGCCCCUGUGGCCACGCCCUCGCAUGGUGCGUUCUCCUGGUGCCCUAGUCUCUUUCGAGCUUUGUCCUCACCUUUAAGGAGAAAGGAGCAGCAGGGAGCAGUGGGCUGCUUGCCACUGGUUGCUAGGAGGGAAGGAAAGUAAGUCAGCAUUUAUUCUGUUCUUCUACUCGGUGACAUCUGUCUGCCAUCUGUUGGCUUCCCACCUCCUUUGACUUGUCUUUAACCUCCCACAAAACCUCCCUGAGCUGCUGGAAAGAGUGUCAGAUUGAACUGGCCCUUCAGUAGUUCUUCCCUUAAAACAAAUACACCAAAUCCACACAUCUGAUUUUCAGAGAGUAGCAAGCAGUUUUUGGAACACCACAUCAUUUCAAGUGAGCUUAUGUGAAUAUGCCUUUUGUUUGUCACUCCAUUCCAAACACAUACAAGAGAGAAAAUGCCAAGCCGUGAAAUUGUGUUCUAUGAGUAAAUAUGACAACUUCCUUCUCAGACAUAACUGCUUAAGCUUUUGUCCUUUAUUCUAUUCUGACCCUUUUUCUUGUUCUGGCUUUACCUUUUCUUGCUUUCCUCAGAUUAUUUAUUUUGCUUUUAUUGCUUAAUGCAGGACUUAACACCCCUAACACUUUUUUCUUUUCUGUUAGAGAAAAUGGCAGGAGUGUGGCAGAAAAAAAUUUGGCAGAAGUAACAGAAAGGCCAACAGGCUAUUCCUAGAUAACAAACUCAGCUGUAUUCAAAUGAAGCCUUUCCUGACCGACCGCCUCCCUCCUGCAUAUCCUUACGGCUUUCUGUGCAGAUCUGUUUGUCUUUCCUACCCGGCUAGCGAGAAAGAAGUCCAGGAAAACUGGUUUCACCGUUUGGCACUGCUUCUUGUUGACAAGGAUUAAUUUAUUUUUGGAAAUCAAGUGCAAUAUUAAGAGGAAAACAAACUGUACUGCACAUUAUUGGAAGCCAUUUCUGCUAAUUUUAUUACAUUUUAAAAUUUAUGAUUUGAUUUGAAUACUAUCAUGGGAGGAGCAGUGAGUGCUGGGGAAGAUAACGAUGACUUAAUUGAUAACUUGAAAGAAGCUCAGUAUAUCCGCACGGAAAGAGUGGAGCAAGCCUUCAGAGCAAUUGAUCGCGGAGAUUACUAUUUGGAAGGCUACAGAGACAAUGCGUACAAAGACUUAGCCUGGAAGCACGGGAACAUACACUUGUCAGCACCUUGCAUUUAUUCUGAAGUUAUGGAAGCAUUGAAACUUCAACCAGGAUUGUCUUUUCUUAACCUGGGAAGUGGAACCGGAUAUUUAAGUACAAUGGUGGGCUUAAUUUUAGGUCCUUUUGGAAUAAAUCAUGGGAUUGAGCUUCAUUCAGAUGUGGUGGAAUAUGCCAAGGAAAAACUGGAGAGCUUCAUCAAAAAUAGUGAUAGCUUUGAUAAAUUUGAGUUCUGUGAACCUGCAUUUGUGGUUGGCAAUUGCCUCCAGAUAGCAUCUGACAGUCAUCAGUAUGAUCGAAUUUAUUGUGGAGCUGGAGUCCAGAAAGACCAUGAAAACUACAUGAAAAUAUUACUGAAAGUUGGAGGCAUUCUAGUCAUGCCUAUAGAAGAUCAGUUAACACAAAUUAUGCGAACUGGACAAAAUACUUGGGAAAGUAAAAAUAUUCUUGCUGUUUCGUUUGCUCCACUUGUGCAGCCAAGUAAGAAUGAUAAUGGCAAACCAGACUCUGUGGGACUCCGAUUUUAUGAAUAUACAGAGGGUCACACGUAUAACUACACAUAUCAACCUCUGCACUGUCCACUGUCCUCACCCAAGGCCCCCUGUGCGGUCAGGAAUCUGCAGGACUUGGCUCGUAUUUAUAUUCGACGCACACUUAGAAAUUUCAUAAAUGACGAGAUGCAGGCCAAGGGGAUUCCUCAGAGGGCUCCACCCAAAAGGAAAAGAAAGAGAGUUAAACAGAGAAUUAACACUUACGUCUUUGUGGGUAAUCAGCUUAUUCCUCAGCCUCUAGACAGUGAAGAGGAUGAAAAAAUGGAAGAAGAUAAAGAAGAGGAAGAGAAAGAUGACAGUGAUGCCAUGAAGCCAGAGGAGCCACCUCAGAAUCUACUGAGAGAAAAAAUCAUGAAGCUCCCCCUCCCUGAGUCUUUAAAAGCUUACUUGACAUAUUUUAGAGAAAAAUAACUUAAAUCACGAAGAAAGAAUGCCUACUGAUAAUUCCUUAAGUCUUGAAAAUGUAGCAUUUGUUAGAAGUUAAAGGAGAGAGAAAUCUCUCUUACCAGCGAAUUAUAGUGGAGGGGGGGGAGUAUAACGUUUCUGUCUUACUAAUGAUGUAUUCAGUGAUUAAAAAUAAUCCCUUUUAUAAAAUAUAUUUUUCUUUAAAUCUUGGAAAAAUUGCUGUUUUAAUUCAGUGACUUCAAAAGUGGAAUACAACCAUAGUCAAGACUUUGUGUACUGUAAGUCUUUUUCUGAUUCCCCACAGAUUUGUAGUAGUGAGGGGUGGACUUCAUUUUAUAUAAGGUUAAAUAAUUGUUAAGCAUAUACAACCUUAUUUGAAUUGCAGUUUGCCUUUCCUCUAUGGAAACUCAAAUGCUUUGUAGACCCACUUACCUUCCUAUUUUUUGCAAUCACUGUUGCUGAGUUACUAUAGAUGCAUUCCGGGCAAUAUAUGAGUGCAAUAACAAUAAAACAUUGAGUAAUUUAGCUUUAAGAAAGCUUCAUGGAAUUCAACAGCACUGCUACUUUUGCUUUUGAAUCUAUUGCCAAAAGACACGGGGAAAUACCUGCUUCUCUCAUAGAGAUUUUAAGAGCAUACAUCAAGCGAACAUUAAAGUAAAACGUAUAUGCUUAAUACUCAUAAUUUGUAUGGACCCUUUACAUUUUCAGUAUUUAAAAACGAUGAGGUUAUAUUACUCUGGAGUUUUAGAAGAUAGUAUAUUUAGGAUUGUUUUUUCUAUAGUCCACUGUGUAAAGUAUUUGGUUUUAAAAAAUCCAUUUUCUGUAUGACUGUUGAUAGCACAGUGAGUGAAUGAAAAGCAUGAGUGAUGGCCUGAGCAGAGUUGGUUAUAGCAGGUGCACUUUAGCAAAUGGAACUUCUAGUUCAUCUGAGUGCUUAUCUUUGGCUGAGCUAGUCUACAUUUGCUUUGAAAUUCACUUUCGUAGUAUAAGAAAUAUUCACAGAAAUUGUAUAUAGAUGCCUUUUGCUUUGAAAAUCUAGUUCCAAGUCAUAGUGUAAUCUUUGGGACCCACAUUGUGCUCAUUUAAUUUCUUCCCAUGUCUCUUGUUUCUUUUGGUAAAAUUAUAAUGAUUUUCUGUCUUUUUUUUUUGCUGAAAGUCACAUAAUUAAACUAUCAUUUGACUGUUAGUUAUAGCUUUUCAGUGAUAACACAAGUAGUAAAUGCCAUUUUUUAGUGUCUUUUCAUCAUACUAGGGCCUGAAAUCAGUCAUCUUUGUUAAGAAGUUAUGCAAUGUAGCCUAUUUAGUAAUUAGUGUCACAAGGAUUAUGUAUUAUUUAAAAUGAAAAAUCUGAGAGUAUCAUUUAUUACCAUCAGCAUCACUGUUAAAAUAGUUGAUCAAAUAUGCUUCAGGAAACCCAAUCAGUGUACAGUGAAAGGAUUAUCACCUCUGCAAAUAUUCAAUUAGUAAUACAUAGAUGCUUUCAAAAAAAUAUCAGUUCUGGAAAUGCAACAUGUCUAAAAGCAAGUGUUUAAAAUAGUCUAAGCAUAAACGAUCCUAAAUAAAUGGGAACAUUUCAGUCACAUUAAAGAUAAUUUCAUGGAAGGUGUUUGUUUUAUACCAGUGACAGAGGCUAGGAGUUGGGUUGGAGUAUCUCCACAAAUUUUCUCAGAUUAUUACUAAACUGUUACUGUUAAACACCUCAUGCCAUUUCUGUCAAGGAAGUAGUUUUAUACAAUUGUCAUCUAUUUUAUUUUGAAUUGAAUAUUAGUUUUAGAAGUUUAAUCUUGAGUUCCUGGUACUCAGGUAUUUUUACCCAGCACCCCUCCACACACAUGGGUGGUUUUCGGAGCUGAUCCAGAUAUGCAGACGUACAUAGUCUUAAUGGUGAUUGCACUGUCAGGAGAGAGCUUCUAUCUAGGCUGACUUUGAAGAUUGGCUUUUUCAUCGCGUGUUUUAGUCUGUUGACCUUGGCAAAGUGUACAGCAGGUUUUCACGAUGGCAUGUUUUUGUCAUUGAAAUGUAUCCUUUUUGAUUUUAAAUGCAUUCAUUUUACAGCUGUGACUUUAUUAUUGACUUUAAAGAAAGAAAUAGAAAUAAAAACGGAUAAUUCAACUGAAAGCCCUUUUAUGUAUUAAUGGGAAUAUAUUAGAGUGAUUAACAAUAUGUUGGGUUUGUGUUUAUUUUUCAAUGCAUUCAUGUUUACUUGAAUAUAGGUGAUUAUGCUUUAUAAGUGGAGAAGUAGCAAAUAAAAGAUGAAGUAAAAUUAAUUGAAAAUGAUGAGCAUAUCAUGUGAUUGUUAUAGCCAGAUAAAACAAUAGAAAUAAUCUAACCCAGUAAAUUAUUUUGCAAGAGACAGUAAGCCUGGGGAGGUAGCAUGAUUUCCUAAAUCAGACAGCUAGUUGGAGAUGGCUCAAAAUAGUGUCCAGCAUCUGAUAAAUCCCAGGGAAUUUGUCAAUGGCACCAUAACUACUAAGAAAAUAAUUUAAAUCUGUACUGCUUAUUGGUCUAUAUAUUUGGUUCUAGUACCAAUAAAGGAAAAUGGCAUUGAAAUGGCACAUGUAGUGGUUAAAAUAAAAUAUAAAAAUAAUGUGUUGGUUUCUAGCUGUCUGAGGGCAUAAAAGUUAAGCAAAACUUGUUCAAUUGUGGGAAGACUUGGAAAAUUAUUUUAAAUAAACAAUUGCAUAUAAUGAAACCA